UGGAAGACUGGUUUCAUAAAUUUCAGUAUUAUUUAAAAAAGAAUAUAAGCUGGGAAAGGCCAGUCUUUCCCAAGAUUUUAGAUUAAAAAUAAAAUAUAAGUUUUGAGAUGGUCCAGUAGUUACUCAGUACUUUAGAAUCCAAAUUAUGCUCUUUUUAAAUGGGGUUGGACCAUGGCAUGUUUAAAACAUGCUUCAACUGUGCCACUGACCAAACUUGUUUAGAAUUGCCAAGACGUCCUGACUCAGUACAUUAGUGGUUUUUUUCUUUAGUGGACUCAGCUCAUCAGUAUUUAGCCAGGGUUUUGUCCAGCCCUCUAGACACAAAGAAAGAAUGUAAAAUGAACAUAUUUGAGACAGAUCUCUCUUAGUGCCAGCUUCACUGUAGAAGUAUUUUACUCAAUGCUUGCUAGCGAUGCAUAGUCCAGCGACUGAAGAUUGCGAUGAUCAACGUCUCCUUUCUUGAGGGUGUGUGGUCUGGGCCUUGGCCUCACUAAGCAGCUGUAGGCAGAUGAGGAUUGAUCAGGAAAGACAGAAGGUCUGCAUAGCUCAGUUCCAGCAAACAGUGUGAAAUGAUCCAUCUUAGAUAAGUAUUGAGUUCAUAAUGCCAUGUGCAAUCAGGAAACAUCUCAUCUCCACCAUAACACUGCCUUGCUUACCCCAUUUUCUUUUGUGCUUCCUUUACUGGGGAAUACAGCAAGGUAAGUGGCGUACACAUGCAGGUUUUUUUUUUUUUAUAUUUCCCCCAUUUUUGCCACAAUUUUGUCUUGCCAGUUCCCAAUCACUAGCUAACUCUCCCCUAUCACACAGCUAUCAACUGAGGAGGGUGGGGCAAAAAAACAUGGUUCCUCCAAGACAUAUCAAGCCAGCCAAUUUUCAUACUGCUGCUCAUGUUGCAUCACAGGGCAGUGUAACACACUUGGAGGAAAGAAUUAUUCUGAAUACAGGAGCUCACAGAUGCCCAUGCUUGGCUAGUGUUACUCCAGUUGACAGCAGAGAAAGAGUAAAGCCAUCCUCUCAUUGCCAAUUUUUCUCUCUUGAUUCCCAGUUGCAGCAUCACUGGGAUUCAACCUCAUGAUCUCUCAACUAUUGGCUGAACAUUUUUCUGUCGCACCACCUUGGGAGCAUAGACAAGCUCUUUUUUCAAGGGGACGAGAGGGUUUGCUUCAGUGCGCAAAUUAUACAUUGACUUUUGGGGUGGUCAGCUUUUUUCAGUUUGCCCAGAUUAACGAGUUUGUGUAAUGCAGAUUGUGGAAGCGGGGGAGUCGUCAAGCACCAAUUUGUGAAUGGAGGGCAGAGCCGGAGAAGGCGAGUGGCGAGUUUUUACUAAUGAGUAAUUUGUGUUGCGGUGAGCUGGAGCAAGGAUGAGAGAGAGAGAGACAAGCGCCUCGAUAGAGAGAGCACGAUCCAGCACAGAGCCAUGUGCGUGCGGGUGUAUGUGUGUGUGUGUGCGUCUGUGUGUGUGGAGCAUAGACCGCUGAAAGUGGAAGUAAAAAUUGACAAUAAGUUGUUCUAAGCCUGCCUCCUGCUUCCUCAUUUCCGCCCAAACCCGUGAGACUGCUACACUGGUGCCGAAAACUGCGUCUUCCUCAAGUGUCCCAGUCAUGGAGUCCUCACCACUGGCCGACAUCAUCUCAUCUCUCUCCAGCUUCCACCAGACCCAGGAUCAGGCCCUUCUCCAGCUGCGCUGAGACCAGGAGCAGCAAAUCAUGGAACUGUUCGACGCCUAGGCAGCGGAUCAGCAGGUGUUCCAGGGCCUGGUCCGGCAGGCUGGCACCGCAGCCAUGGAGCUGGCGGGCGCCAUGACCACGCCCCACGUCACAUUCACCAAAAUGGCAGGACGAUCCAGAAGCGACCAAUAGCAUGUGUUUCCAGAAAAAGACCUCUUGUGUGAGAAGGCGAUACAGUGAGUUUGUAUGGCUACGUCAGAGAUUGCAGGACAAUGCUCUUCUCGUUCUGACGUGUCGGAUAGAGGGCUGGGGGAUGUUUUGUCCCAGGUGGUGGAGGGGUGCUCCAUGCUGGACAUCAGCCAGAAGCUCUCAGUAAGAGACCAGUUGCCAAAACUUCCUCCUGCCUACCCUUUCUUCAGCCUCAACAACACAUUGCAGGUGACCCAGCGUAUGGAGGGACUGCAGAGGUUUCUGGAAGCAGUGCUGAAGAUGCCCCUUCUGUUGUCAGACAGUAAUUUGCACCUGUUCCUGCAGUCCCAACUGAGUAUUGCUAAAAUGGAGGCAUGUGUGCAGGGCCAGACUAGUUAUACUGUGGCUGAGGCUAUUCAAUGCUAUGAAACACACUUCCCUCUGGAGGAUGAGAACAAAAGCCUCCGUGACUCUGACUGUGAAAGCACCUCUUCAGGCCUUGGCAUUAGUGUUGGCACUGCUGCUCCCACUGGGAGUCCUGGCCACCAAUUUCUGGCCAUGGCACUAGACCCUGAGCCCUUCAGAGGUUUAUCUUCAUCUCCUGAGAGUCAGCAAGACACACAUACAUAACAUGCACAGGGUUAUGUACCUGUUGUCUUUCUUGUCCAUGCACACAAAUACCUUGCUUGUUGCUCACAUCACCCAGCAGCUUUGGGUAGAUUAAGUGGAAAAGGUUCCAUAGUUUAUGUAUUCUGUCUUUUUGCCUUUGCAUGUUCUCUGUUUGUCUAAGAGCAUUUUUUUUCCUGAAAGCUAUGUCUACUUAUUGGAUUCUUAUGCUUGAUUAUAGCUAAGGGUGCAAUAUUAACAAUUUAAGCUUAAGCAUCUGAUUUGUAAAUCAUUGCUUUGGUCAAUAUAAUAAUAAUAAUAAUAAUAAUAAUAAUAAUAAUAAUAAUAAUUGUUGUCAUCAUCAUCAUCUGUCAAUAAGCAGAAAUGCCUUGGCUCUAGGACUGUUUCUUAAGUAUCAUUUUAUUUUUACUGGUCAAGGGUUUAUGUAGAUGGUUACCAGAGAUAUAAAGAAAAUGUUAUUUUAAAAAGAUAAUUUAAGCCUUUGAAAAAUACUUUUAUUGUGAUAUAGAGAUAUAACUUAUAAAUUAAUAAAUAUUAGUUUUUGGGCAGUUUUUGUUCUGUAAGCCAUUCUUUUCAUCAAAACUACAGACAUGUAGUAGGAAUAAAAUCUCAUCCAGAAUAUCACCGACCACUUUAGUAGAAACAUCUCUACACCUGCUCAUUCAUGCAAUUAUUGGGUAAUCCUGUGGCAACAGGGCAAUGCAUAAAAGAUACAGGUCAAAAGCUUCAGUUAAUGUUAACAUCAGAAUGGGGGAAAAUGUGAUCUCUGUGACUUGGACUGUGGCAUAGUUGUUGGUGCCAGAUGGGCUGGUUUGAGUAUUUCAGAAACAGGUUGUGUAAUACCACAGUAUCAUUGGCAGAGACGCAGCCCCAUAAUGUGAUGCCCCCACCUCUGUACUUUACUGUAGGUAUGGUGUUCUUGGGAUCAUAUGCAUAACUCAUCUUUCUCCAGACAUGAUGUGCUGAAUUAUCACCAAAUAUGACCAGAGUAUAUUGUUUUAAAAGAAUUCUGAUUUGUCUAAAUGCUUUUCAGACAUGCAUCUCUGUGCUUCUUGUUUAACAGAGGACUCUUGCUCAAGGUGUAGGAAUGGAGAUGAUUACGGUGCAGUUCAUUGCUGAUUGUUGUCUGUGUAAUUGUUGUUCCUGCUGCUUUCAGGUCAUCCUGCAACUCUUUUCGAGUGACUGCUGCCAUCUCUGUUACCUUAAGAUGAUCUGUUCCUAUACUUUUGUUCAUCUAAAUAUUAAGUGGUCUGCCGUGAAAUAUGAAAUGGCCUUGCUGUUCCAAUACUUUUAGAGGGGACUCUAGAGGAUUCUAUCCUUAUCAUUAUAAGUCGACUUUAAAUAGAACCCUUGUAACACAAUUAAUAGAUGCUCUUAUGGACAUGAAAGUUUUAUUUUUAACCAACAACACUGUAUUAGGCAGUGAUUUUAAUAUGGUUAUGGAUGACUUUAUAGACUGCUACCCUAGUAAAUUUAAUGACCAUCACCCUAAUAUGGCUACUGGCAGUUUAAUUCUAUCUCAGUCCUUAAUAGAUCCUUGUUCUAGGUACUACAGCAAGAAUAAUCAAACAGAUAAAUACACUUUUUUCAGAGAAUGUAAACAAUCAAUAGCUGGUAAACCUUCAAUCAAAAUUAGAUGAGAUUUGUCUGAGACGGGUUAAGGGUACUUACAUUAGAUCAAAGGCAAAGUGGGUGGAAGAAGGAAAAAGAAACAUGAAAAGAGAAAUACUGUGAAAACUUUGCUUAUCAAUGAUGUAGAAAGUACUGAUCCGAGAUUAAUUGCUAAAGAAAAAUGUUUGAUAAUGAAGCAAGAUGUCCUUUCCUAAACCUGAAAAGGAUCCAAUAAUUAUUGACAAUCUGCACCCAAUUACACUACUCAACACUGAUUACUAAUUGUUUGCUAAUAUUUAUUAGAAGAGCUGAAGAGCUGACUCUUCUUUGGCUGAUGAGCUGAAUACUUUCUAUGCACGCGUCAAGGCUAAUCACGCUAGCAUUAGCCUGCCGACUAGCGCUACAGAAGGAAUCAGCUCUAUUAGUGAUGAGCGUGCCAUCACCGUCUCAGAGGACGAUGUUCAGAGGGCUCUGAAGCAUGUAAACAUCAGGAAAGCGGACGGCCCUGAUGGCAUCUCUGGCCGUGUACUGAGAUCCUGCACUGAUCAGCUUGCUGGUUUGUUCACUUCUGUCUUCAGUGAGUCCCUAGCUAAGUGUGUGAUCCCCAUGUGCUUUAAAAAAUCUGUUGUUAUCCCUUUGCCAAAGAACAAAAAGCCCUCUUGCUUAACUGUCUAUUGUCCUGUAGUCCUCACAUCACUUGUCAUGAAGGUUUUUGAGAGUCUUAUCAAAACCUCCAUCUGCUCCUCCAUCCCUGACACCAUUGACCCACUCAAGUUCGCCUACCGCCCCAAUAGGUCUACUGAGGAUGCUAUAUCUCACGACCUACACACCACCUUCACCCACACCGACAGCAACAAAGGGAACUAUGAAAGGCUGCUGUUUAUAGACUAUAGCUCAGCUUUCAAUACCAUAGUCCCACCAUAGGUUGACCUCCAAGCUCAUGGAACUCAGACUCAAUGCCCCUCUGUGACUGGGUCUUGGCCUUCCUCACAGGUAGACCCCAGGUAGUGAGAGUGGGCGAGUUUACCUCCAACACCAUCACCCUGAGCACUGGAGCCCACAAGGUUGUGUCCUGAGCCCCCUGCUCUACUCUCUCCGCACACAAACGACUGUGUGUCCUCUCACAGCUCCACUUCUAUUGUCAAGUUUGCUGAUGACACAGUGAUUAUGGGCUUCAUCUCCAACAACAACAAGGCCACCUACCUUGAUGAGGUGGAGAAACUAGUAGCUUGGUGCCAGACUAACUGUCUCUUUCAGAAUGUCAGCAAAACCAUGGAGCUGGUUGUAGAAGAGAGAGCAGUGGAACUACACCCCACUCGAGAUUGGUAGGACCCCCUUGGAGAGAGUGAGCAGCUUCAGGUACCUUGGAGUACACAUCUCUGAGGGCCUGACCUGGACUCAUCACUUCCAAGGUCAGGUGAAAAAAGCCAGACAACAGUUGUACCAUCUGAGACUGCUGAGGAAAUUCAGGGUCUCCCCUGCAAUUCUGAAAACGUUCUGUACUGGGGCUACAGAAAGUUUACUGUCUCAAUGCAUCUCAGCGUUGUACGGAAACUGUUCAACCCAGGACCGCAUAGCCCUGCAGUGAGUGGUGCGCUUAGCUGAGCGCAUCUCUGGGUCUUUCUAAUGACAUUGAUAAUUUAAACAUAUGGUCUGGAUUUAAGGAUUGUAAAUUGAAACUAAACAUAUGGCUACAAAGAGACUUGUCCAUUCUUGGUCAAAUCAGUUUAAAUGUCAUGAAAAAGAAACAGCUGUUAAAGCUAUAAAUCAAUUGCAGUUCACUUUUGUUUGGAAAAAUAAGGCUUACUUUAUUUAAAAAAAAAAAGCAUAAUUAAUUAUUAAUGAUAAAGAUGGAAGACUCUGUGUGAUUGACUUUGACUGUAUCAGUGGUACUUAAAUCGGCUCUAAACUUUUUUUUAAAGAAUGGUACUUUGGGUAUUGUGUGCCAAGACCUACAGUUAGGUCUGGAAGUAUUUGGACAAUGACAGAGU